UUCAAAUAUUGAACUGGAAGGAUUGAAAGGGAAGAGUGGUUACAUGCUGGUAAUGACGACAAUAUGGCGAUGUUGCAGUGGCGACGUUUCAAUUUCUUCGAGAAAGACGUCGCUAAAAAUGUUGAAACAAAACAACCUUGGAAUUUAUUGAAGGACGUAAAUAUAGUUGCAACAACAAGUGGCCGUGGGCAGCUUAUUGCUGGAGAUAUCGAAGGAAAUAUAUACUUUCUGGAUCGUAAUUUAAACAUCACAAGUAUCAAAGCAUUUGAAAUUCGAGUGUCGCACCUAUGCCAACUUAGGCAAUACAAUAUACUUGUCUCUAUUGGGGAAGAUGAAGUUGGCAUUAAUCCUCUAAUCAAAGUUUGGAAUUUAGAUAAGACAGACAAGUUAGGAAAUCCUUUAUGCAUGAGAAUCACAAGAGCUCUUCCUGGGAACAAGCCUGUGGCAGUGACAUGUUUGUCUGUGUAUGAAAAUCUUACUCAAAUGGCUGUGGGUUUUGAAGAUGGGAGUGUUGUUGUAUACAAAGGUGAUGUUACAAAAGAUAGACAUAGUAAAUCACAUGUCAUUCAUCAAGACAACCUUCCUAUAACAAGUCUGUCAUACAAGCAAGUGAAAAGCCAUAUCAUAUUGUUUGUCACUACAGUUGACUCAGUUAUCUCAUACAACACUUCGGCAAAAGAUCAAAGAGAAGUUUUAGACAUGCAUGGUUGUAAUCCACGAUGUUCAGUUUUAUCAGAUAUGUCUCAAGAGAGUCAAUUUGUUUUUGUUGUUGCAAGGAAAGAGGCUUUGUACUUUUAUCAACCGGACUGUCGAGGAGCUGUGUUGCCAUUUGAAGGUGAAAAAUCGUUGAUUUCUUGGCAUCGUGGUUAUUUGGUCGUUGUCAGCAAUGAUAUGAGAACAAUACCUGGACAAAGUUCUACACGUCCCAUGAGUUUGGUCACAAUAUACGACAUUCAAAACAAAUUUAUUGCAUUUUCUGGUCCUCUUCCCAGUGUCUUUGAUGUUUUAAGCGAAUGGGGAUGUCUUUAUGUCCUUACAUCAGACAACACUAUUUAUCAGUUUCAAGAAAAAGACACGCAGACAAAGUUGGAAAUCCUAUUCAAAAAAAAUCUUUACGCUGUUGCUAUCGAUUUAGCUCGAAGUCUUCAGUAUUCAGAUGGUUUGAUUGCUAUCUUUACCCAAUAUGGAGACCAUUUAUAUAGUAAGGGCGACCAUGAUGGUGCAAUAAAACAGUAUAUAAAGACUAUUGGAUAUCUUGAACCGUCUUACGUCAUUAGAAAGUUUUUAGACGCUCAGCGAAUUCACAACCUCACUGCGUAUCUUCAGGCUCUGCACGAAAAAAAUCUCGCAAAUGCUGAUCACACAACCCUUCUACUCAAUUGUUACACAAAACUCAAAGAUGUGUCCAAGUUGGACGAGUUCAUUAUGACUGACAAAGAAUUUAAUUUCGAUGUGGAAACAGCUAUUAAAGUUUGUCGACAAGCAGCAUAUUUUAAUCAUGCGUUGUAUCUGGCGGAAAAGUAUGAACACAACGACUGGUAUCUCAAGAUACAGUUGGAGGAUACGAAGAAAUAUCAGAAAGCACUGAACUAUAUAGGAAAACUGAAUUUUCAAGACGCAAAAGAUAAUUUAAAGAAAUAUGGUAAAACACUGAUGGAAGCUGAACCAGAUAAAACAACGGAGUUAUUGAAGUUGCUUUGUACUGACUAUCGAUCAAGUGAAAGUCCCCUUCUAAAAGAUGAAGAGUUGGCAGGAAAUACGAGAAGAGUUGAACGGGCUGAGCCGGAAACCUUCAUUCACAUUUUUGUCCAUAAAAAGAACAAACUUAUUGAGUUUCUGGAGCACAUGACGAGGGUACGCAAAAAAUCAUCGACCAUGGUAUGCAUGACUUUGUUGGAGCUUUACUUAAACAAAGCAAAACAUUGUAAAACGAAAAUGGAUCAAGUUGAACCGGAGGCAAAAGCUCUAAGCCUGUUGCAAAAUUUCGAGGGAAAGUACGAAAUUGAUAACGACCACGCUAUGGUUCUUUCUCAAAUGCAUAACUUCAAAGCUGGAAUUCUACUCCUCUACGAAAAAUCAAAGUUGUUCCAUCAAAUCCUACGUUAUCAUAUGGAGCACGAUGAACAUGUUAAUGUUAUGGAGACAUGUCGAAAAUAUGGUUCGCAAGACUCGAAUUUAUGGGUUCAAGCUCUGUCUUAUUUCGCCAGUAAAGAGAACGACUGUCGAAAAUAUAUAAUGGAAGUGUUAAAUUACAUUGAUCGUCAUAAUUUACUGCCACCUUUACUUGUGCUUCAGACUCUUGCUCAUAGUUCCACUGCAACACUUUCAGUUGUUAAGGAUUAUAUCAUCAAACGUCUUCAACAAGAAGACGAACAAAUAGCAGAGGACGAAAGGCUCAUACGUCAAUAUAGAGAAGAAACAGAAAAAAUGCGAAAUCAGAUUAAAGAAUUAAAAACAAGUGCCAUAAUAUUUCAAUCUGCAAAAUGCAGUCUAUGUUCCAGACCUCUUGAGUUACCUGUAAUCCAUUUCUUUUGUCAACACUCUUUUCAUACUGCUUGUUUCGAAGGCUACGCUGAAAAAGAUGAUGAAUGCCCAAUAUGUGCUCCAGAAAAUAGAAAAGUCCUUGAUAUAAUUCGUGCUCAAGAAGAAAUGAAAGAUCUUCAUGAUCAGUUCCACAAUCAGCUUGAAAGAGCAAAUGAUGGAUUUUCAGUUGUUGCUGAUUAUUUUGGUCGUGGUGUAUUUAACAAGGUGACAAUCGUGACGGAUCAAACAAGUAAAAAGCAGAAAGGAGUUUCAGCACUGGAUGAACAAACCCAACGCAACUUGUUGAUGUCAAAGUCGUCUGGAAAUCCUUUUCUCUAAUAUUUGUGAACUGUGAAUUAGUGCAUGAAUAAUUUCACAAGUUUCAAUAAAAAGAAAGAAAUGCAGGAGCCAUUUGAAUCUUCUGCAUGCUUUGUAAAGAAUGCAGAAUACAUCAUGAAUAUCAAAAUUUUGCAAUCGAUAACAAUCGAUAACAAUCAUUAGCAAUCGAUAGUAAAUAUUUAAUGACGUCAUAAAUAUUUGCAGCUGAUGGAAACCAAUACUUAUUAUUAAUACGAGAAAUCAGAAAAGAUAAGUUGAAUUUCGGA